AUGGCGGUGUUAGGACGAGUGACAUACCUGGCGGUCAUCGCUGUAUUACUGGACAUUGUAUGUGGUCAGACUGUCACUAGGACAUCAGCUGGACAAAGUGACUCAGCAUCGGGCGGCGAGCACUUCAUGGGUUUCCGUAUGUCAAACGAGGCCGCGGGGUCGGCGGGACUUCACAACCCUUUUAACAUGAACCAAGCCACGGUGCAGCAGGGGAAAGCGUUCGGAGGCAUAUUUCGAGGAUCGUGCGAGUCUCCAAACAUCAUCUAUGCUCACGAAGACAUGCGCUCUCUUGUUCAGUGUUCCAAUGGUUACGCCUAUAAGAUGCCGUGCGCUCCAGGGACGGCUAUAGACCCAGCCAGCGUGACAGGUUCCGGCCCUAUUACGUGUGGGAUGAUCCUGGAAGGCAACACCAGUGCCAGGUCAAGAGUACUUGUUAACUCUGCUUUACUCAGUGCACCUGUACAACAACUCUCAGCCGCAGUGAUACGAGAACGUCCAGCUCUUGUGUUACAGGGAGCCUCAGCGUCCGCUGGUACCGUCCUCUCGACAGCGGAUUCUGUUUCUAGAAGCUCCAACCUGGUUACCUCUUCAAGCAGGCGAGUCAUUCGUGUAAGGGGAGGUAGUGUCUCUGAGGGCGGGGACAAUAUUGCUAUCACCGGCGGGAAAAUUGUUCCCGAUACUGAUUCCAUAAUCACAAUCAGCGGUUCAGUGAGCGGCGUCCAGCCUGAUGGGACAGUGAUAGUCAAUCAGGGUCAAGGUCAAGGUCAACUGACCAUCCGUCGGGUUGGCGGCUCGCUGAGGGUCACACAAGAUCGAGGGGGUUCAUCGACAACCACUGACGGCCGGCAAGUCAUAAUAAAUGGAGGCCGAUUGUUCAGUGGAGGACGCGUGAUCACGCUUAACAGAACUCUGGUAGAAACAGCAGUGACUGGAGGUCAAGGUCAAAGCGAGGAAGAAGUUGUCAUUGUCCCGGGGUCUGGAAGCGACGUCCAAAUGGUAGAGGGCAGUGUUGCUGUAGACGAGGUACCUGUGCCUAGAUUUGCUUCCUCACCCCUCAGAGGUGGCGCUGUACUUAAUGGAGGUUCGGGAACUUCUGUCUCUUCUCGCACUUUCAGCUCUAGCUCCACUUCUGUUUCUAGCUCAAGUUCGAGCAGACGACAGAUUGUAAUAAGUGGAGGAAGAGUUAUCACUGGAAGGCUCAUGAUCAUAAACGGAGGGUUGAGAAUCAUACGGAUCUCUGGUGGCGGUGGUGGGAUCAACGUUUCACAAGGACGCUUUAUUGUACGCGGUCUUACGUCACCCACUCAGGAAUUUCUCCUAGAUGGCGCUCGGGUUGUUGGUGGGCGGGUGAUCACCAGUGAUGGGAGGCUGGUGGAAGUGCCUGGCUGCGGCUCCACUGGGAUAACCAUCAACAGAGAAAUACAGACGUCUGCAGGGAGGCAAAUCUAUCUCAGUUGCCGCCGAGUGAUUAACGGAGGAACCGUGACAGCGGGCGGAAGUCGACGAGAAAUCACAGUCAUUGUAAAUGGACAGCGCACUACUACUACUACUUCUGGUACUUCUGGCGGACGAUUGAUAAUCAAUGGCGGUUUCUCCACCAACAGAGAGUUUUUAGUAAACGGCGGUAGAGUGAGUGGAGGACAGAUAAUUGCAGGUGAUGGAAGGCAGGUGGUGGUGGAAGGCUGCGGCAGCGCAGGGGUGAUCACGCGCGAGGAGACAACAUCCUCUGGCAGACAAAUUUACAUCCGAUGUCGCCGUGUUGUAACUGGAGAAACAGUCACUGGGGGAACUCGUCUGGUUCUUAACCUUGGAUCUCUGACCACGUCAACUUCCACUGGGUUGACAGAGAGAAUAAUCAGUGGCGCAAGAAUUAUAGGUGGACAAGUGCUGACGUCAGAUGGCAGGCAGGUGGUUGUGCAAGGCUGCGGCGCGAGUGGUGCGCUGACACGUGAAGUCGUGACGUCAUCAGGACGUCAGGUCUUCAUCUCGUGUCGCCGCGUUAUAUCGGGCCAGAUUGUGACAGGCAGUACAUCUGUAGAACGCAGAACGUCCAUCGACAUUAACGGAGUCCGAACUGUAGUGACUACCACGAGGACUACACUUCCUAAUGGUCAGACUAGAGUCCGUGAAGAGACCACCGUAGGAGGUCAGUCAUCAACAGUUAUUAUUACAGUGUAUGGGGCAAAUGGAGAAGUCGUCGACAGGCGAGUAGAAGGUAGUCCCAUUGUUGUAACAACGCCCACUCCACCAGUUCGUAAUGUUUCAACGUCCGUCGAACGGAGAACGUCAACGGACAUUAAUGGCAUUGUAACUGUAGUAACUACAACACGAACCGUUGACAGUACCGGUAGAUCCUAUGUUCGAGAAGAAACUGUAGUCGGAGGACAAAGGACCACAGUUAUAAUAACAAUUAUUGGAGCGAAUGGUCAAGUGAUUGACAGGCGAGUAGAAGGUAGUGCCAUUGUUGUAACAACGCCCACUCCACCAGUCCGUAAUGUUUCAACAUCUGUAGAACGAAGGACAUCAACGGACAUUAAUGGCAUUGUAACUGUAAUAACUACAACACGGACCGUUGAUAGUACCGGUCGAAGCUAUGUUCGAGAAGAAACGGUAGUUGGAGGGCAAAGGACCACGGUUAUAAUAUUAAUUAUUGGAGCGAAUGGCCAAGUGAUUGACAGACGAGUAGAAGGUAGUCCCAUUGUUGUAACAACCCCCACUCCGCCAGUUCGUAAUGUUUCAACGUCCGUAGAACGAAGAACGUCAACUGACAUCAAUGGCAUUGUAACUGUCGUAACUACAACCAGAACUGUUGACAGUACCGGUCGAUCCUUCGUUCGAGAGGAAACUGUAGUCGGAGGACAAAGGACUACAGUUAUAAUAUCAAUUAUUGGAGCGAAUGGCCAAGUGAUUGACAGGCGAGUAGAAGGUAGUACCAUCGUUUUAACAACCCCCACUCCGCCAGUUCGUAAUGUUUCAACAUCCGUAGAACGAAGAACGUCAACUGACAUCAAUGGCAUUGUAACUGUAGUAACUACAACCAGAACCGUUGACAGUACUGGUAGAUCCUUCGUUCGAGAGGAAACUGUAGUCGGAGGACAAAGGACUACAGUUAUAAUAUCAAUUAUUGGAGCAGAUGGCCAAGUGAUUGACAGGCGAGUGGAGGGUAGUGCCAUAGUCGUAACAACGCCCACUCCACCAGUCCGUAAUAUUUCAAUAUCGAUAGAGCGUAGGUCGUUGUUCGACAUUGAUGGAGUGUUAACUGUGGUGACGACAACCAGGACCCUGGACAGCGCAGGGAGAACUUACGUUCAGGAAGAGACCGUUGUAGGAGGCACAACUAGAAGAGUGGUCAUCACCCUUCUUGGAGCAAAUGGUGAAGUUAUCGACAGACGCGUUGAAGGGAGUGGCAGCUCUACCACUGAGGCUGAACUCGUUCGUAAUAUCUCGAGAUCUAUAGAGCGAAGGACUUUACUGGAUAUCAAUGGAGUCCUGACGGUGGUUACUACGACCAGAACUCGAGACAGUGCGGGGAAGACAUAUGUUCGUGAAGUAACAUUGGUCGGGGGAAGACAGACCGGGGUUCGUCUCUCGGUAAUUGGCGCAAAUGGUCAAAUUCUCAGUAACAGGACAGAGGGGACAACCGUUUCAAUCAGUGGGCAAGGCACUGCGACAACGGGAACAACUUCCAGUAGAGAAAUAAUCAUAACCGGCGGAAGGAUAUCUGGAUCACAAGUGUUCACAAGCAAUGGAAGACGGGUUCUGAUUCGUGGAUGUACUUCAAGUGAGAUUUUGCCGCGAGAGGUGGUGACGUCAUCAGGGAGAGAAGUCAUCAUUGGUUGUCGCAAUGGUCAAACUCUGACAGCAACAAUUGCUGGGCAAACAGGUUCCUCCAGUUUGAUAAGCGGGCAGGUCGUUUCAGGGGGAACAUUAUCCGGGCAGACGAUAAGGGAGACACGGACAGUGACUCGGACGGAGAGGAUUGAGGGCGGUCGGCGAAUUGUAUCAACGGUGACAAGAGGUGCCGAAAACCAGGUGCUUGGUCUUCGUAAUGUUUCAACAUCCGUAGAACGAAGAACGUCAACUGACAUCAAUGGCAUUGUAACUGUAGUAACUACAACCAGAACCGUUGACAGUACCGGUAGAUCCUUCGUUCGAGAGGAAACUGUAGUCGGAGGACAAAGGACUACAGUUAUAAUAACAAUUAUUGGAGCAGAUGGCCAAGUGAUUGACAGGCGAGUGGAGGGUAGUGCCAUAGUCGUAACAACGCCCACUCCACUAGUCCGUAAUAUUUCAAUAUCGAUAGAGCGUAGGUCGUUGUUCGACAUCGAUGGAGUGUUAACUGUGGUGACUACAACCAGGACCCUGGACAGCGCAGGGAGAACUUACGUUCAGGAAGAGACCGUUGUAGGAGGCACAACUAGAAGAGUGGUCACCACCCUUCUUGGAGCAAAUGGUGAAGUUAUCGACAGACGCGUUGAAGGGAGUGGCAGCUCUACCACUGAGGCUGAACUCGUUCGUAAUAUCUCGAGAUCUAUAGAGCGAAGGACUUUACUGGAUAUCAAUGGAGUCCUGACGGUGGUUACUACGACCAGAACUCGAGACAGUGCGGGGAAGACAUAUGUUCGUGAAGUAACAUUGGUCGGGGGAAGACAGACCGGGGUUCGUCUCUCGGUAAUUGGCGCAAAUGGUCAAAUUCUCAGUAACAGGACAGAGGGGACAACCGUUUCAAUCAGUGGGCAAGGCACUGCGACAACGGGAACAACUUCCAGUAGAGAAAUAAUCAUAACCGGCGGGAGGAUAUCUGGAUCACAAGUGUUCACAAGCAAUGGAAGACGGGUUCUGAUUCGUGGAUGUACUUCAAGUGAGAUUUUGCCGCGAGAGGUGGUGACGUCAUCAGGGAGAGAAGUCAUCAUUGGUUGUCGCAAUGGUCAAACUCUGACAGCAACAAUUGCUGGGCAAACAGGUUCCUCCAGUUUGAUAAGCGGGCAGGUCGUUUCAGGGGGAACAUUAUCCGGGCAGACGAUAAGGGAGACACGGACAGUGACUCGGACGGAGAGGAUUGAGGGCGGUCGGCGAAUUGUAUCAACGGUGACAAGAGGUGCCGAAAACCAGGUGCUUGGUCGUAUGGAAGAAGAAAUCCCUCUGUCUAGCAGCAGUGGCGGACGUUGCCGUGUCAUAACGGAAUUUGUUCCAACACAGGAUCCCAACCUACCACCAGAGAUCUCGAGACGAAAUGAAAUCUGUGACUCGAACACAAGCGGUACCUCUGCAAAUGUCGCAAGCUCUACUGAUACCUCUCGUACUAUCUUGUCUAAUAUCAUCAACUCUCGUACCCUCUCGUCAAGUACCGCCAACUCUCGCACCCUCUCGUCAAAUACCGCCAACCCCCAGGUCACAACCAGCCGCAGGGUAGAAGCAGGACCAGAUGGGACGCAAAGGGAGAUCACAACCACACGAGAAACGUUUCCAGAUGGCAGGUAUACGAUAACGGAAGAAUCUACCGUAGGGGAUCGUCGGGAAGUGUUGAUAACAAGAUACACCUCAGACGGAGUGGUCAUUGAUGUAGUAUCGCAGGUUUUCACUGGGAACUCGGCGAUCAGCAAUAUAUCGUUUGGCCCUGCGUAUCGUGCCGAAAGCCCCGCGCCAUCUGCUGGCGGAUAA